AGAGUAGAUGAUAUUAUACAUUCCAGCAUAGGAGUAAAAGAAUAGAACCGGGAUCUCUAUAUAACAUAGAGAUAGAAUACAGUAAUAGGGAUCUAGGAGAGAGCCUUUCUUUCCGGUAAUUCUCUACGAGCGAGCCUGCCUAGGACGCCACAGAGAAGCAGACGUUAUCUUAAAAACCAACUCACCCCUCACACCCCCACAAAAAGGAAAAAAGGAAGCAGACGGUACAACGAUGCUCCGUCCCUCCUUCUCUGCUACUAAAACAGAAAACGAGUAACCCUAGACAGCUUCAGCCGAGAAAUCUCCAACGUUCAGUGCUUGCUGACUCUUCUUUGUGGACUUGGUAUACUUUGUUAUGGCUUCAAAACGGAUUCAGAAGGAGCUAAAGGACCUGCAGAAGGACCCUCCCACUUCCUGCAGUGCUGGGCCUGUAGCUGAGGACAUGUUCCACUGGCAAGCAACAAUUAUGGGCCCCGCAGACAGCCCAUUUGCUGGGGGUGUGUUUCUCGUAACCAUUCACUUCCCCCCAGAUUACCCUUUCAAGCCCCCUAAGGUUGCUUUCCGUACCAAAGUUUUCCAUCCUAACAUCAACAGCAACGGAAGUAUCUGCCUCGAUAUUCUCAAAGAGCAGUGGAGCCCAGCCCUUACAAUAUCCAAGGUCCUGCUAUCAAUCUGCUCACUUCUUACCGAUCCAAAUCCUGAUGAUCCCUUGGUGCCAGAGAUUGCUCACAUGUACAAGACUGACAGGGCCAAGUAUGAGUCAACUGCUCGGGCUUGGACCCAGAAAUAUGCCAUGGGAUAGAACCCUUGAUAUGUCUCUUUCUAGGAUUUUACUGGUUCAGUUUCUAUCAGUAAAUAAGGGGAAAAUGAUAGGAUGGCUAGAAAUUGUGAACUUAGUGGGGCACUUAGUGCCUUCUAUAAUUUAAGGUGGUUCUGGUUGGAGUGUAUGUGAAUUUAUUGUGAAAUGGGAUAUGUGCUAGUAUAUGAUCUAUAUAAAGCUUAUGAGUCUGGGUUCCAUGUUAAA